UAGUAAAAGACAUAAAUAUUAAUGAACGAAAAACUUCAGGUUCUAGAAUUUCCUAAUGACAAUACUGACGACCCAGUCAUUGRCCCCAACUGRCCUACCUGUCGAAAGCGCUGGUCCCCGAGUCUGUGAUAAAUCUCUGAAAAUCUUACAAGCAAAUUAAAAGGAGAAAAAUCGCGAGAAAGCGAAGUCAACUCUUAGUUUGUUUGACAUGGUUAAACAGUGACCUUGUUCGUUGGUUUGGAAGAUCCGAAUUGAUUUACUUCAUGAGAAAGGCGUGGAGUGAUGAAGAUGAAGUUCUUUAACGGUACAGCAAGCAAUUGGCCUUCAAAGGUUUUUCUUGUUGUAGUUGCAUGUAUAAGUGUGGUCUCCAAUGCGUCAGCUGGCGGUCAAAAGAAAGGCUUUAGGGGCGGCGACAAAGGCUAUGGGAUUAAAGUCGAAGCAAAUUCAAUCGGAACUAAUUUACAAUACAAACUCCCCGAAGCAAUCGCUAAGUCAUCCUCCCCUAAGGAUUGGAAAGUCGACAAUGACAAUGCAGAGAUGCAGCUCGCAACAAAUCUUCCGAUGGCCGCCAUAGUCAUGACGAAAAAUCCUAAGUUUAGCGUCCAAGGGUCUUGGCCUGGGUACAAGAUAAACCUAAAAUUACCAAAAAAUACCAAAACGGCUAAGAAAAAUGAAAUGCUAAGAAUCAAUGAGCAAGAGAUACGUGGUUCAGGUGMUGAACAGGACAACUUGACCGGAAGCGAAGGAGAACUUGAAUUGAAUUCAAAAAUAAGCGAAUCUGGUUCUGGAUCUGAAUCAGAUUUAGAAGAAAAUGUGGCUUAUGAAGAGAGUUCUUCUGGUUCAGGAAACUUCACUCAAAUCGUGCAGGAUGAUAUUAGAACUAAAGAACUAAAGCGAUCAAAAGUAGCUCAUCUUCAAAACACUGACGAGUCUUCCGACCAAGAAAAUAUAGAAGAAAAUACUGAAGAUAAUGACGAUAUCUUUUUGAACAAAGUCAAAAAGGCAKUACAAAAGCUCAAGAGGUUUGACUUCAACAACCCAAACACCAGAAAAUCCUUAAAAGAUAUUAUUGUCCACGCCAAACGUGUUGUUAUCGAGGCUAAAACCGUUCUCCRCGAUGUUGCCAGUGUUGUGCGCAGUGUGCAAAACUUCGUUUCCGGAAAUUUCGAGAAUGUUGAUGACGAAGGAGAGCAGAAAAUGGCCCUUCCUGAUGAAAAUACUAGUUUGGAAAAAAACGCCUUAAAAGCUCGUGAAGAUGCUGAACAGGCUGCGCGAAAAGCCGACUUUGCUGCUCAAAGAGCACAAGCUGCAUCUAAAAUGGCUGUUCAAAUUGCUGAUGAUUUCUGGAAAGUAGCACAAAAAUCAAGAGCUUUGUCAAAACUGCGUGAUGCAGUCGCUUCUCCCAAAGAAAACGUCACAGGGAAGAAAGUAUAUAUUCAUGAAAAGAACUAUCAUGCACAGAUGGCAUCAAAUAACAAGAUARCCAAUGCGGUCAAAAAGCAAAAGGCAAAGAAAGGAAGUGAAAAUAUCAUUACAAACGGGAAGCAAAACAACUACAAAUCAAAGGAAAACAGUAAGGAUAAAGGCGAUAUAAAAAAGUUGGAAACCAAAGAAGAUAACGCAAAUCAGACAACAAAAGAGAAAGAUUCGCGAUUUGAAACAAAACUUUUAACGCAACAACGAUUUGGUUUACAUAAAAAAAAAUCCACUUACAAAGACGAACCGACGAAUUCUAUUCAAGUCAUUGGACAUCAAAAUGAAGACAUUGCACAUUCAGAAGAACAAUCUAAAUACAACAAUGAYUUAAUCAACAGGGAUAAACCCCAAAACAAYACAAACAUUAAAAAAAMCGGUCUUGUAUUAAAAGUUACUGGCAUUGCAAAAAAACAAACAGGUAUCGCAAAGAAAAUGUCGUCAAUAGUGAAACUGAAAGUCAAAAAAUUACGMAAACUGAAAAGUAAAAUGACAGAACUUCGCGAAGUCAAAAAGCUGACGUCCAACGAGAAAAAAUCUAUUGAAACGCCUAGAGAUGUCAACGAAGUCGUAAAAAAAGCAAACAAGGGAAGAGUUCCAGAAACUAAUUUCAAUAAAAAUGUCCAGAAACAAAUACCAAAGCAAAGUAAAAUCACCGCAAAUCAAAAKGGUGACAAGGGAACUCACAACAACGGUAGCGAUGACAUAAACAAUGCCGACGAAUCCGAGAUAUCUAGUGGCAGUUACGACGUCGAAAUAGAAGUGGAACCGGAMAGACUGGAAUUUACCAAAGGAAUGGGAAAAAUGAGAGAAAGAAACAUAAGAAUUAAGAACACUGCCACAGACGGAAAGACAAAAAAAAUCUCUCCUGUGACUUUUUCCAAAAUUUUAAAAGCAAUCCGAAAAGUUGAAGGCAUUCUAGGUUUUACCAUMAAAAAGGAAGGGGAGUCCGGGAAACAAGUUUAAACUGAGUCACUAACAAAAACACAAGGAGACAGGCAUUUACUCACAUUUUCAAUUUUCAAAAUUUUCGAAGAGUAAAUAUAUAGUAAAAUAAAUAAAAGGGCAAUUCUCAAUUCAAAUGUUUACAUAUGAACAUACAUAUUGUAGUAUAAAGAAAUAGGGACUUAAUAAACCAAUCUUCCGAGUGUAUCGAGUGGUUAUUUAAUAUUUAAAUCAACCUAUUUACAAUUGUAUGAAUUUUACAU